AGUGGAGUGGAGCGGAGCGGAGCGGAGUGGAAAGGAGUACCGUGGAAUGGAGUGUAGUGCAGUGCUGAGAAUAUGAUUGUGGAGCCAGUUUGGUCGGAGAUGGACAAUGGCUCUUUCCCGAGGUCUGAGAUGCUGUGCCCGGGUGUUUUCCUGGAUACCUGUCCUCAUAAUCACCUCCGUGGUGCUGUGGUCCUACUACGCCUAUGUGUUUGAGUUAUGUUUAUUCACAAUCAGCAACACAUUGGAGAAGGUGGCCUACCUACUGGUGUUCCAUGUGUGUUUUGUGAUGUUCUCCUGGACCUAUUGGAAGGCCAUCUUCACUCCUCCUGCCUCACCCUGCAAGAAGUUCCAGCUGUCGUACUCCGAUAAGGAGCGCUAUGAGAGGGAGGAGAGGCCUGAUGCUCAGAAACAGAUCCUGGUGGACAUCGCUAAGAGUCUCCCCAUCUUCACUAGAGCUACGUCUGGAGCGAUCAGGUUCUGUGACCGGUGCCAGGUGCUGAAGCCUGACCGCAGUCACCAUUGCUCUGUCUGUGAAACGUGUGUCCUGAAGAUGGACCAUCACUGUCCAUGGGUGAAUAACUGUGUGGGGUUCUCCAACUACAAGUUCUUCCUCCUCUUCCUGUCCUACUCCAUGGUCUACUGUGUGUUCAUCUCUGCCUCAGUCUUCAGAUACUUCAUCAACUUCUGGGUGGGGGACCUGCCAAACGGACCCGCUAAGUUCCACGUUCUCUUCCUGAUGUUCGUGGCGUUGAUGUUCUUUGUCAGUCUCAUGUUCCUGUUGGGUUACCACUGCUGGCUGGUCGUCCAGAACCGGUCCACACUAGAGGCGUUCUCUGCUCCAGUCUUCACUACAGGACCAGACCGUAGUGGUUUCAAUGUGGGGUUCAGGAGGAACCUGCAGCAGGUGUUUGGAAACAACAAGAGACUCUGGUUCCUGCCUAUCUGCACCAGCCAAGGAGACGGACACUACUUCCCCCUGAAGAGCCAGAGUGAGUCCUCAACCUCUCUAUUAGCCAAUGAGGAGAAAUGGGAGGAGGAAGAGGAGUCAGAGGAUGACAACAUAGGUGAUGACAGGGAUCCCUCUGUUACCGUGGAGAUGGACGAAGAGGAGCAGGAUCACGUUAUGGACUUUAUAAACGGUGCAGUGGGAGUCGUACCCUGAGGAGGAAGACAAGCCUACCCUGAGGAGGAAGACAAACCUACCCUGUGGAGGCAGACAAACCUACCCUGUGGAGGCAGACAAACCUACCCUGAGGAGGAAGACAAACUGUGGGACCAUCAGACACACGGAAGAACUCGACGUGCAGCCAAAACGUUUUUAGACAUUACCAUCUCAAUAUCAUGUAUAGUUUUCAGUUUCACCAUGGAGGAAGGACAAUGUUAGGGGAACAGAUGACAACCAGUAUAUCACAUUACACGGUUGUUUUAAGAGAAAGACCAUGUCUAGCACUGUCUCCUUACUUCUGUUGUCUCCCUACCUCUCUGUAUUUUUGUGGAUCUUAUAUAGUACUAGGCUGCUAGCUAGCUUUUCUUUUCUCGCCUGUUUUUUUUUUGCCCAUAUUUUGUAAAUGUAAAUAGCUUUGUGAUUUACAUCUUUAAAUGAAAAGAGUUCUACAAAUGUAAUGUAUUAUCAUUAUUCCGUAUGCAGGGCCCUUAAGGCCCAAUCAGAAUGGAGAAAGCCCAUUAAAACCACAAAUGUAUUUGUUGCCAUCCUAGGGCCAUGCACCUGUCGUUCCUUUGUCUUGUAAAGAUGCUGCCCUGCCCAAGUCAAAUGUUAUUUGUCACGUGCGCCGAAUACAACACGUGUAGUAGACCUUACAGUGAAAUGCUUACUUACAAGCCCUUAACCAACAGUGCAGUUUUUAAUGAAAAUAAAUGUUAAAGUAUUUACUAAAAUAAACAAAAUAGAAAAUAAAAAAAUAAAGAGGCUAUAUACAGUA